AUGUCGCGACAAAGCAUGGCGCCGUCGCGCAAUCUGUCGCUGACGGAAGAAUUAGAGAAGCUCGAGCAGUCCAUCACGCUGACUUUGCAGGAAAUCGACCACAACUUCAGCCGCGCCCACCGCAUUGUGACUACUGCCAUCUUACCCAUAGUUGAGCAGUAUGGGAAACAUUCCGAGGCGGUAUGGGAAGGUUCCAAGUUCUGGAAACAGUUCUUCGAAGCCAGUGCCAAUGUCUCGCUCUCAGGCUACGAAGCGCCCGAACCGGAUGAGUCCGCCUUGCAAGAAGACACACAGCAGUCACAGCUCUACGAAGACGAAACGGUUGAGGAUGAGACGGUCACGGGCGGCGUUACCACACCACGCCGACCUUCUUCUGCGCAGGAAGAUGCCGAGUCUACCAUAGCCUUCGACUCUCCGUCUUUGGGCCAUAGCACACCCCGCGCGCCACCUUCGGAAAAGAAGGGCAAAGAGCUUGCUGAGGACGAGAGCCUGGAUGAGGAGGAGCCGCAGUUUGCGAGCAUGUCGUCCCCAUACGAGACGCUCAGAGAGGAGUUUCAGGGCGAGCUUGGUGCCAUCAAGACGCCAAGGUUCGAUCCCAUCACGCCUGGGAAGUCGCAAGCGCUGCCAGAUAUGUCGGGCUACGGCUCAUCGCCGUUCGUGCAGCCUACGACUAGCAAGAAAGCGUAUACGAACCAAGAUCCACUGCUGCACCGCGUCCUCGACAAGACAUUCCGCGUGCAAGCCACACCGCUCAUCAGUCCGCGCAAAUAUAAGCCUACGGGUGCAUUCACCCCAAAGGCUGGACAGCGUGGGGCUGCUACACCGCAAGGUGCAACGGCAAGACUUCCACGGUGGGCAGAAGACUCGUCGCCCCCAUCAUCGCCAGCACCGCAGCUGCGUGCCGAUAUUUUCUCGCCGAUGAAGACACCUCGAACGCCAGGGGUGAGUGUGCAAACGCCCGCAAAGGGCAGACACCCGGUGAGCGUAAAUCAAACCGGUGGGACUGUCUUUGACGACAGCGAGGAAGAGGAGUACGAGCUCGACUUCAGCCCCCCGAAGACGAUUCAAUUCCACAUACCGCAGAGCAAGCUGCUCCAAACACCUGCUCGCGAAGCCAGUAAGCGCAUCGUGGACGAUUUGCUGAUGACGGCUGGCGGCGACAUCACCGACUCGACUGGAGGCAUGGAUGAAGACAGCCCCAGCGUGGUCAGACGGCAGGUAGAUCUUGAUGACAGCUUUUGA